AUGUCCACCGAAUCACACGCCAUCGAUCCCACCGCUUUUGCGGAAGCAAUCGCCGACCUCCCCCUCAGCGCAGUCUACAGCAAAGUCUCGGAGAUUCGCAAUUCAAUCGCACACCUGCACCGGUCCAACGACGAGUUGCGACUCUUCCUUGCAGACUCAAAAGACUCAGAAGAAGACAAGAAGGAGUUGGAGGGGUACAUCUUGGAAAAUGAGGGGGUGGUUACGUCGAUGAAUGAGCGGAUUUCGUUGCUUCGGGUUGAGGUGGAGAGGAGAGGACAGACUUGGCUUGAGACGGGGGAGAAAGAGGGUGUGAAUGGGGAGCAGGUAUCUGAAGAGAUUGAUACUGCUACGGUGGACUCGAAUGUGAAUGCAGGGCAGGAGGAAGAAGGGAUCUAUCUUUGA